GAACGUGUGGCACUAGAAAGAAUCUCCGGUGUCUAUCAGUGUGAACGAAUUCACUAUCUGUGAACAGCAAGUGUAAAUAAUAUUCAUUGGAAGAAAAUGUGUAAUGUCAGAGUGAUACAAUAUAGAGACAUAGGUGGUCAAUACAGAGCGAUCAUUUAUAAUAGACUAUUAUGUAUCUCGCUUAGUUGAUGUACGGAACGUUGCCUUAGACAUUUGUCUAGCGCUUUUAUUGCAUAUCCUUAGUUACGCUCUAUUGGAAAAUAUCCGGUGUUCACAAAACUGCUAAAUUUAAUGAGGCCGAAGGUGCCUCAAAAGAGGGGAAACUUUCUUUUGAGAAGGUACAGCGUUCUACGAUUGACUUCAACAAACAAUGAACCAUUCGGGAAGCGGAAAACGUCAGGCGAAGGUUUUGGAAGAAAAUUAUUGGGACUGCAGUGUCUGCACUUAUAGGAAUACAGCGGAAGCAUUUAAGUGCCUCAUGUGUGACGUCCGCAAAGGAACCUCUACGCGGAAACCCCGCAUAAACCCCCAAUUGGUAGCUCAACAGGUUGCGCAGCAACAAUAUGUACCACUUCUGAAACCAGGUAAGAAAGAAGGAAGUGGCGGUGGUAGUACGACCAGCGGCGUCAAGGAAAAGGAACGCAAACUGGAUAAGCUGAGGCGCAAAAACAGGCAUCCGCCGCGUCUGAAAAAUAUUGACCGUAGCACCGCGCAAUCAAACGAGGUAACGGUCAAUAAUGUUACCGUCACUAUCACGGAGUACAAGCCCAAGGUGAAAAAGGGCUCGGAUCAAUCGAGCAAUGCGAGCUCCGAGGGCGGGAGCCAGCACGAUUCGAAUCAGGACUCAAGAAGUCUCGAUGUAGGAACCGACGCCUAGUUUAAUGCUAAUGUUACAUAUGUGUGUAUGAAUUAUUCUAAUUAAUAUAUUGUAUGUAUAUGUCAACCUUUAUGGUCAACUGUACAUCCUCUAGACAAAAGCGACCAUUGUUGACAGUCGCUUUUCUCUCGUGCGUCUAUUUGUAUGACGCAAGUUGUAUGACGAAUCUAACGAAGUCAGGCAUUUUGUGCAGGGUUGGUAAAAAACAUGUUUUAAAUGUGUUUUAAAC